GAUCCCGUGAUAUCGGCGGCAGGAGCGUGGUGGUGAUAUUCCUUUCCGUAUUUAGGGAAUUUCCAAAUAUAGUACCAUCAGAACUCGCCAGGUUGUUAAUUUACUUUCAUAGUGUUCCAAGGAAAGAAGUUACCACUUUAGGAUUUUGUGUUUUAAUAGACGGUCGUAAGUCAGAGGCUUCUGAUUGGACAAUUUUAGACGAAACCUUUUGCUUAGUCGAGGCGAACAUACCCAAUGCUAUAAAUACAGUUGUCGUGUAUACGAACUGUGAGGUAAUAUCCGGAGGCGAUUCGUUACUUCCAUCUAGCGGGUUUAAGUAUAAUGUUGCCGUAGACGUGGAACACCUACACAGAUAUGUUCAAAGGGACCAGUUGUUUCCUCAGUAUUCUGGUAAUUACAAGUAUGACCACCAGGAAUGGAUUAGUUUCAGAAUGUUUCUAGAGCCAUUUAUUAGUGGUUGUCAGCUAUCUGGACGCCAUCUUGUUACCGUAAUGCAGGACUUGCGAGGAAGCAGACUCCCACCAACUGCCUCAUUAACAAGUCAAAUCAUUGAGCAGCAAAAACGAGUUAUCAAUCAAGCAUUUCAAGACGAACAACUGCGUCAUCUAGUAGAGGAAGGGGACACUGUUUUGAACGAAUUAGAAUCGUAUGGUAGUAAAACACCUUAUAAUCAUGAUUACAAAGAUUCAUUGGCGAAAGGAAGUGCUCUUCACGGGGAGUUAAAAAAGGCCACAGCUAAACUAGCCAAGUUAGCAGACAGAAGACUGAAGAAGCUGGAACAAUGUCUCCAGUUGAAAACCUUCCAAGAAGAAGCUCAUCAGGUGUUGGACUGGCUAUGUCAUGCAGGGCAAGAUGCGCUUGACAAACAUCAAUCGGUUGCAGAUACCUUGCCUGGUAUUAAAGAACAAGAAGGAGAGUUCGAGAAAUUUUAUUUCCUAGCGAUGCGGCAACUUGAGAAAGGAAAUGAUCUAUUGGAGGAUGCCGCAGCAUUCAACCCUAAAGUCUCCAACUUGACAGCUGGUCCUCCAAAUGUGGUUGAUGACGGUGGGCAUGGGGAUGUACAAGAGCUUGCAGAUACUCUGAAAGACCAUAUGAACACGUUUACAGAACAUCUAGAAGAUACUCGAGAGCGGUUGGAAGAUACAGCCAAAUGUUACCAUUUUCUUGAUAGAUCUUAUGAAUGGGCUUUAGAAACUAUGAAGUUUGUUUCAAAGAUGAAAGUUGAGCAACUUUUUACAUCUGGUCUGAUGAAAAUGUUGAAACAGCUUCAGGACUAUCUUGAAGAUCAUCCUCCAAUUGCAGAUGAGGUGUUCCAAGAAAUGUUGAAUUUGGCAACAAAGCUAGAGAAUAAAAAGUUGCUUGAUCAGUGCAAGGCUGCUUCUGCUCGUUGCCAAGAAACAAUGGAAUUACUCCAGACAAGGCGAGCUACACUUUUGAAGGCUAAGCAACACCAGGAAAUAGAGGCUCUCCAACAUCAGCAGGAGUUGUGGGAACCUGAUUCUGAUUCAUCCAGUCAAACUAACUUCCAACACCACCACAGCUGGACUCCUCAAAGUACAAGCACUCCUACUGCAUCUUCCAUUUCAUCUUCUGGCUUUUACAGGAGAAGAUCAAUAGCUACUUCAUCUCCCCACAGUUGUUCAAUUGGCUCUUAUACCUCUUUCCCAAGUAACUAUAAUCCAGUGUCAGGAUUAAAAGAUUGCCAUUCAAACCACUCCAUUGAUGAUAAAGAAGAUCAUAUUCUGAGUCAAGGACUCAUUACAGAAGAUCUAACAACACAAGGACCAGUAGCCUCAAUCUCUCUUAGUAAACUUGAAGCCCGAAGUAACCAUACUCAGAAAGAAGCUCAACCCUAUGGUGUAUUUAAAAGUCAUAGUGGAAGUAGUCUUGUAGGACUGAAAGAGAGAAUAAUUGGGAGUAUUGUUGCUGGAGCUGCUUCCAUUCAGAAUUCUGCCAAGGAAGGAUCAUCUCACCAUCGCCCAUUGAAGAAGCUGAUGAGAAAGUGUCAGACAUGGCAGCUCUGUGAAGAAGCUCUUCAGAAAGCUACAAGUGAAGUUCGUGAACAGAAUGAAAAACUACAAAUUGACCAAGUGACAAGAGCAAUUAACCAGUCUGGGGAAAAUGUUUCAAAUGUAGUAGAAACUGAAGAUCCUAGUAGCUCAUCCAGGUAUGCUGUAGCCCACACUUUAUCAGAUCCAGGUACGUGUAGUUCACCUGUCCCAGUAAACAGCCACCUGGCAAGAACUGCUAACAGCAACCAGCCAGAAGAUCUUGACCAACAAAUGAAACGAAAAAAGACAUUGUUACAUAUCAUGAGAGAAAUGAUUCAAACAGAAAAGGACUAUGUUAAGUCUUUGGAGUAUAUAAUUGAGAAUUAUCUACCAGAACUUCUUCGAGAGGACAUUCCACAAGCAUUACGGGGUCAAAGGAAUGUCAUUUUUGGAAAUAUUGAAAAGAUUUUCGAAUUUCACAAUCACCACUUCCUUAGUCAGCUAGAAGAAUGUGAAAAUUUACCCUUCCUUGUAGGACAGUGUUUUCUUGCUUAUGAGCCUCAGUUUUAUCUUUAUGCCUUGUACAACAAAAACAAACCCAAAUCAGAAGCUCUAAUGGUUGAGUAUGGGAAUGCAUUUUUAAGGUAAAAAAAGCAGCUUGAACUGGGAGACAAAAUGAAUUUAGCCAGUUAUUUGUUGAAACCAGUCCAGAGAAUGGGUAAAUAUGCUCUUCUUUUGAAGCAGUUGCUUAAGGAGUGUCCAGAACGGGAACUGGAACAUGAGGAUCUGAAGGCAGCAGAGGAAAUGGUGAGAUUUCAGCUGAGACACGGGAAUGAUCUGUUGGCCAUGGAUGCUCUAAGGGAGUGUGAUGUAAACCUAAAAGAACAAGGAAAACUACUGCGACAAGAUGAGUUUUUGGUAUGGCAGGGAAGGUCCCGUAAGUCUCUGAGACAUAUUUUUCUUUUUGAAGAUCUUGUUCUGUUUAGUAAAAGUCGUCGUGAUCCAGAACGGAAAGGCCAAGAAAUAUACCAAUACAAGCUUAGUUUCAAGAUGACAGAUAUUGGUAUGACAGAGCAGGUUGGUGACAGUCCUACAAAAUUUGAGAUCUGGUUCCGAAAGAGAAAGCAGAAUGACACAUAUGUUCUUCAAGCUCCCAGUCCUGAGGUUAAACAGGCUUGGGUUGUAGAAAUCUCCAAACUUUUAUGGAAGCAGGCGCUGAGAAAUCGAGAAAUGCGCUUGGCAGAGAUGUCAUGUAUGGGGAUUGGCAGCAAGCCUUGCUUGGAUAUUAAACCUAAUGAGGACCAGAUCAGUGACAGAGCCAUAAACUUUCAGCAGCUUGGUCGAGCUUUUCGUUUCAGGAAUUCCAUUGCCGUUUCUUCAUUUGACCAAUUACGGAACAAUAAACGGCCACACUCCACAAUUUCAGUGAGCAGUUCAUCUUCUUCUGGAAGUAGCCACACUUCAUACCUACAGCAUGGUUCUCUCAACUUGGGUUUUGAACCAGGAGAUGAUCCUUUUAGACAGUGCCGUCGAUCUAUAACCCAGCAGUCACAGUGUUCUACAGAAAGUGGUAUUUCAACAGACCUGAGCAUGGCUAGUGACUCUUGCGGGGAAUCUGAGAGACCUCGUUAUAAAAAAGCUGAACGUAGUGACAGCUUACUGUCUAAUGACUCUGUAAUUACCCAUCUUCCCAUUUCUGAGUGCCCUGUUGUUGAAGAGCAGUUGUUGGAAGAAACAGAGACUACAUCUAUGUAAUUAAGCAGCUGAAGGUUGAUGUCCAAGACUAGUCUGCUAUGUAAGAGCAGCUGCCACUGUGCCAAACUGUAAAUCCAAUGAAAAAUGUUCAAGUUUCUAGGCAACAAGAAAAGUGUGGACUUAUAAAAUUCAUACCUAUGAAACUGGUCAUGAAGAACUUCCUUUAAACCAAUAUCUCUGAUUGUUCCUGCACAGAAGACUAAUGGGCAAAUAUGAAAAUUUCAGUGCCUUCUGAGUAUCUUUUACUAAAAUCCAUGAAAACACAGGAUGACAGUGACAAGUUAUUUAGUAUGGAUGAUAUAUGGUUUUGAUUAUGUCUAAUAAGUUGUCAGUUCUGCUCUGUUGAUUGGUUACUGUUCUUUCUAUAAAUAUUUGGUACAUCUCUAUAGCUCAAAAUAGUUCUUCAAAACUCUUGCUCACUAGAUUAUGAUAUCAACCAAACAAUAACUUAGCCAGUAUGUAGAAGUAAAACAAAAGUAAACAAAAACUUUGAGCCAGUUCCUUUUUACUAAAAAAAUUGAAUAAAUAGUGAAAUUGAUUACCUAAAUCUUUCUUUGAAAUAAAUAACGACAUACUUUACCUUAUGAGGUGACAAUGUACAAUAAUAUAAUUGUACUGCAGAAAAAUAGAUCCUUUUCAAUGAUCAAAAACCUAUUAAUUACCCUCACUCUCUUAUUGUAUAUACUAAAGUUGAAGAUGUGCACGAACCAGUUUCUUUUUAUUGUAAUAGUGUAUCUACACUGACACAAGAAUUAGGCAGUAUAAAAAAGAAUGUCAGUUUUGUAAUGUCACACUUUAUAGUAUACAAAAAAUAUUUUGUAAUUUAGAACUUAACUGCACAGCUUUUUUAAAUGCAUUUUACAUACAGGGCUUAAAACGUAGCUAUUGUAUUUGGAAGUUUAUUUAUACCAAAUAUAUAUUAUUUUUUGUCACAUAAUAAUUUUCAGACAUUUGGUUUAAUCAUGGAUAACAUUACUUUCAAUGUAAUAAUGAACCACUUUUGACAAUAUGAUGUUAUACAAAGAAUCAAUGUUUAAUGUUGCAUGAUAAAAUGAUGGUUAAGCUUUUAUUGAGAACCUGAUGACCUUUCUGUUGACCAUUAAAUAUGAUGAAUGAUAUUUCUUUUAGGUGAACUAUUAAACCUAUGAUACUUCAUUGUUAAUUUUCAAGUUGUAUAAGGUGAUUUGGUAUUUUAAAUGAAUUAUUCAGAUUUCAUAAGAUAUACCAAAUAAAUAAAUUCCCAAACAUUUAUUAUGAUACACAGAUAGCAUUUGUUUCUGUAUUAACUAAAUUUCAGAGUACUGUGUUAACCUGUACUUGUUUCAUUAGAAAUAAAAGUACAAAGCAUCUGUUUUGCUGUGCUAGAGGAUCAACAAUGAUUUAUUGUUUAUAGCAUUUAAAAGAUAAAUUUAUGUAGUAUUGUAACAACAGGAGUCAAAAUAUUUUAAUUGAAGCAAUGGGUUGUAUUACAACAUAAUUACUUAGCUUUCCCAUCGUUGUCAGGGUUCCAGUAUAGGUAGUUUUUUUUUUCGUAAAUAUCUAUACCAGUAUAUACUGGAAGAUUAACUGCCUUAAAGAUACUUUUUAUAAUUUUUUUGAAGGUUAACAAAGAAAUUUAUUGAUAUAAAUUAAAGGUGGUCAAUGUACCUGGAAGAAUGAGAAGUAAAAGUGAGCAACUUUAGUUUUUUAUAUAUAUAUAUAUGUGUGUUGGAGCAUUUGAGCCAUUUUAAAUAAUAAUAAACAAAACUGUUAGGUAAAAUGUUUAAAAAAUAGUUUUUCCAGUGAAUGAAAUAUGUCACAAAUUGAUAAAUAAUUUUAUAAUUGUAUGAACUUACUUGCAGCUAGUGUUUAUUUAAACUAAAGGUCAAAACUUUAGUUCUUGUAUUUAACAAAUUGUUAUAUUUGUGCCAAGUUUCAGAAUGCUUGAAAAACACUUUAAGCGAUUCUGUUUCUACACACAAAUGUAAGUUAUAUUCCUGAUUUUGGAAAGCCUAUUUCUAUACUGACGAUUACAAUAUGAAAAUACCUGAACAUCUUUGUUAUUUUAAUGUAGUGUUUUUGAACAUAACUGUAAUAACAUUAACCUGUCUAAAAACACUUCUUUAAUCAGAAAACAAGAUAAAGAAUAGUUAGGUUUGAGAAAAUUCUCAAAAAACGUGAAUUUCUUAAAGCCCACUUUUCUGAAUUCUAAUAAAACAACCCAUUUCAAAUGAAUUGAGACAGCCAUGACAAAGCCCACUUAUAA